AUGAUUGAUUGCCUUCCACUUGAAUUACUGCUUCAUUGCCUCUCCUAUUUGUCCAAAAAGGAGAAGCUCGAGUGUUUGCGAGUCAAUAAAUCAGCUUACACUGCAAUUCAAGCAUCCGGUGCCAUUCAUGAAUCUGUCACGAUCACUACAUUGGACAACUUUGCAGACAUGCGCACCCUGUUCACCAAACACAAAGAGCUCGGUAAACUAGUAAAGAAGCUACAUGUAUCCGAAAUUGCCCUGGAUGUCUACACGUACAUGACAUUGCCUGCCCUGUUUCCCAAUAUCAAAGAGUUCAGCUAUCUCAAUACAGAACGCCCCCAACGCGACUAUGAUGACAAGGAAGUGUGUGAAGCAUUCAAGCCUUGGGCUGGAACACUUACUUCAUUGCAAGAGUUUGGAGCACCUGUCGCUGCCUUUUCAUUACUGGCCAAUACUGCUUGUCCUCAACUCAAGAACCUCAGUCUCAAUCUGAUAGGCAUGGAUGAUGAAGAAAUGAAGUUUGUAUUGUACGACUAUCUGAAGAAUUGCCCCAAUGUCAAGCUACUGGACCUCAAAUACAUCAAUACCACCAUUGAGCAUAUGGAGCAAAUACACACACACCUGCCGAACCUAGAGCUUCUCUCUCUUACACAGGUGGGAUUGCCAUUGGGCAAUUACAAAGGAAUACCAAAGCACGCCGAGAAACUGGAAACACUGUUUAUUGACAAUUUCACCGUUGUAUCUGAUUUCGAUCAAUGGCUAGUCUACAUGUCCAAGAAGUACCCCAAUCUAAAGAACCUGGUCAUCAGAAACGCAGAAAAUAUGAACAAUGACCAAGUCGUUUAUACAGAGACAAGAGGUCUGAUCAAGCUCAUUAAGCAGGUUCCUAAACUUGAAUUUUACAGUACUAACUGCUUCAAGCUGACGCCUGCCGUAUUCCAAGCAAUGGAUAAUACUGGGAUUCAAUUGGAAAAGAUAGAGCUAGAUUUCUUUGCUGGAGAAGCUUUCAAGCUACUCAUGAAAUCACAACAAAUCCACACAUUGACCUCACUAACUGUCUCGAAUACAUCCUACGAGGGCAUGGUAUGCAGCGGAGAGAAGAAAUUCCUGAAAGCUCUUAGCAACAUCAAGCAUCUAAAGCACUUGAGAAUCAAUCAGUCAAAAGAAGAAGUGGAUGAUCCUAAUAGUAAUCGUGUGCCAUUGGACGACCUUUUGGCAUCUGUGCCAUUAUUGGAAUCCAUGCAGAUGGAUUUCUUUACUUUGGUGAUCAGUCGAGAUACCGAGGCGCCUUUUGAUAGCAAGGUGAAAAGGCUUGUGUUGGAGGAAUGUCACCUUGAGGCAUUGGCGCUGAAAGACCAAGAAGACUGUGAGAGCAAGUCCAAACAACUUUUGCAGAAAUUGUUGCCCAACACAGACAUUGAAUACAGAGAGCUCGAUGAUACUCCUGACCUCGAGGAAUACAGCCAUUUAUUACAAUUUAAAUAA